UUAUCUAUUGCUUUGUACUUGUUUCUCGUAACCCUCUUUUUCUCUCAUAUGCACUUUGCAACAUCCCUAAAUCUACCCUUAAGCACCAGAUCUAUUAUUAACAAGCACACUCUCUUUAAGUCAUUUGAGCUUUCUGUCAGCUAUGGAAACCAUCUCCAUAUGUCUUUGAAGUUGGGACUCUAUUGUCAGCUGUUAUAUGAUAACUAGUGGUUAAUGAUUAUGUGCUGGUGCUGGCAUGUGUGUGUCACAAUAGAUAUGCACUGUACUUAUGAGGAUGUAGCUGGAGAUGAUGUCCUGAAUCAACAAGCUUUUGGUGCUUGUAUAUUGAAUAAUAUCUCUGUAGUGGUGUUUGGAUUUGGUAUUUAAAAUCAAAGGAGUACAGUAAAAAGGUUCAUUUGGACUGAUGUGGUCUUGGAUGUGUGGUUGUGGUGGACAGGGAGGAGGCAGCAGCUGGGUGGUGUUGUGGUGAUAUUUUAGCUGGUCGUUUUUGGUGGUUUAUUUGUGGUGGUUUUGACUAUGAGAUCUGGCAGCAGAAGCCGAAGCAGAAGCAGAAGCAGGAGCCCAAUGAAUAUGAGAUCUGGCAGCAGGAGCAGGAGCAGGAGCCCAAUGGAUCGCAAAAUCCGUACACAACGGUUCUCCUACCGUGAUGCACCAUAUAGACGGGAGCCACGUCGGGGUUACAGUCAGAGCAGUCUCAGUCAGAGCGGUCUCUGCAAGAACUGCAAACGUCCUGGCCAUUUUGCUCGGGAAUGCCCCAAUGUUGCCAUAUGCCAUAAUUGUGGUCUCCCGGGGCAUAUUGCCUCAGAGUGCAGCACAAAAUCUCUUUGUUGGAAUUGCCGAGAACCAGGGCAUAUGGCUGGAAACUGUCCAAAUGAAGGUAUCUGCCACACGUGUGGAAAGGCAGGACAUCGUGCUAGAGACUGCACGGCUCCUCCCCUUCCUCCCGGUGACCUGAAGCUGUGCAAUAACUGCUUCAAGCAAGGCCAUAUUGCAAUGGACUGCACCAAUGACAAGGCGUGCAAAAAUUGUAGGAAGACUGGUCACCUGGCACGUGAUUGUCCAAAUGAUCCUGUGUGCAAUUUAUGUAAUAUAUCCGGUCAUCUGGCUAGAGAUUGCCCCAAGGCUGGUGCUCUUGAAGAAAGGGGUGGUGGAGCUCGUCAUUUUGGUGGAGGUGGAGGUGGAGGAUAUCGCGACAUUGUAUGUCGAAACUGCCAGCAAGUAGGCCAUAUGAGUCGAGAUUGCAUGGCAUUGAUGAUCUGUCACAACUGUGGGGGAAGAGGACAUCUAGCAUAUGAGUGUCCCUCUGGAAGGUUUAUGGACUCUGGAAGAUUUAUGGACCGUGGAGGGUAUAUGGACCGUUUUCCCAGGAGGUACUGAAAGAUAAAAGCCAUGCCAUAUCAAUAGGGUUGACUUGAGAUCACAUCCUGUUCUGCUUAUCUCUUUGAAUGAGAUUUGACAUUUUUUUUUCCAGAAAAUAUCGGAUUUUGAAACUAGUUGCUUUGAGUGUGCGUCUUUACAUCUUUUGAAUGGAUAUGAUGAGACUACUAUUAUGAACAUGGAUUAAUGUGACCAUAGUGAGGUGUUUGCAUUUUA